GUAUUUUAACCAAUAUCUGGAAAUUGCCUACAAGUUAAAUUUUCUUGAUCCUCAGAUGGGCGGGGUGAAUAGGGGCAAGCAAACUACCAAUCCGCGCCAUUUUUUCACCAAUCAGCCAAUAUUUGCGUUCAAAUCCGGAAUCACAUUGUUUGCAAACUUACUGUGGUGUGAUUCACAGUCAAAGUUUGUAGGUGUUUGUUUUUGCCUUUUCCCGUGGGGCCGCGAACUCCUUCAUGUAUGUCCUAUAGGUAUGGGCGGCAUCAGAAUGCGUGAUUUUUGAGCGGUGGCUUAGGCUGAAAUAGGGUACAACUUUUGUUUGAAAUCAACAACAGAUCAACGAUCCGUGAUAUUUUCUCCGAAUCCACUCAAUUUAUCACACAAGUCCUCAAUCCGUGCGCAUUUUUAAGACCAAAUCUGUCGAUGCGCAAAUCUAUUCACCAGACGAGCCCAAACUCAAGCUAGCGUGAAGCAUGUAAAGCGUGACCCGUUAGUAAGAUGAGAUGCAAAUUUGUUCGAUCACCGCUGACGCUGUCUAAUAAAUCAGCUCAACUUAUUCAGAUUCAACUUAAUCAGUUCAACUUAUUCCGAGUUUCUUCCAAAGGGCUGAAAAUCUCGCUUUUGUAACGCAAGAGCCAUGUCUGUGAUCGAGAAAAACUGGCAAACAACAAAGCCGACUAUCAGAGAAAGAAGCAAGCACAUGUUCAACAAUGAUCUCUUCAGCGAUGUCAAGUUUGUUGUACGAGGAGGGCUCAAUGGCGAAAGUGAAAGUAAACAAGUGAUUCCUGCUCACAAGUUUGUGUUGUCGAUUAGCAGUCCUGUGUUUGAAGCCAUGUUUUACGGUGAGCUGGCGGAGACUACAGACUCUAUUGAACUGCCUGACGGUGAGUACGACAGUCUGUUGGAGUUGUUUCGUUACAUGUACAGCGAUGAAGUGAUCUUGAGCGGAAGUAAUGUGAUGGGACUGUUGUAUUUGGCGAAGAAAUACAUGGUGCCUUCAUUGGCUGAUAAAUGCAUGAAAUAUCUGCAAGAUAACUUAGAUCCAUCAAAUGUUUUCAGUAUCUUGCCCUCUGCUCAGAAAUUCGAAGAGAAAAACCUGGUGGAUCGAUGCUGGAAACUGAUCAGUAAACAGACAGAAGAGGCGUUGAAAUCAGAGUGUUUUGAGACCAUUGAGAGGUCCUUACUUGAAGCAGUAGUCAAGCAUGACAAUCUGACCAUUGAAGAGAUUGAGCUGUUUAAGACUGUUGACUUGUGGGCAACAAAGGAAUGUGAAAGGCAAGGUUUGGCGGCAGAUGGGGAAGCGAAAAGAAGAAUUCUUGGAGAAGAAAUCAUUAAAGGAAUACGCUUUCCGAUCAUGGAUGAAAAAGAUUUCGCCAGUGUGGUUUUGGACAGUAAAAUAUUAACAACAGAAGAAAUCAUCAAGGAAGUUUUCGCCUUUUUCAAAUAUUACAAUUCUGCAUUGAAUUCUCCUUUGGAAUUUUUAGAGUCCGUGAGAUCUGGUUUCCACGAUGAUAGCAUUCACCGCUGUCGUAGAUUCAGUAGGUUGCAAUCUGUAAGAGAAAAUGGCUGGAAUUAUGGACCGGGGAGAGCAGACGGUAUUGAUUUUACUGUGGAUAAAGACAUCAUGUUGCAUGGACUGUGUUUGUUUGGAAGUGAGAAUAAUGACUACACAGUGACCUUGACGAUAAAGCAAACCGGCACUAAGUUGCCCCUAGCGUCCAAAACAGGAACAUUUCCUUCCAAGCUGCUGCAGUACGCAGACGGAGGCUACUACGGAUUUGAAAUUUUGUUUGAUUUUACAGUUGAAUGCAAAAAAAACACUCGGUACGAAAUCGAAGCUGUUAUAUCUGGGCCUAAGUCUUGGAGAGGAAAUGACGGCAUCAGCUCUGUUGUUUGUUCUGGCGUGACAUUUACAUUCACGGACAACGCGAAUAGUAAUAAUGGAACUUCUACUAGAACUGGACAAUUUCCUGAAGUAAUGUUUUCUAUGUUACCAAAACCCCACAAAGAUUUAAAAUAAGUCCUUUCUACAGUGACUUGAUUAAUGAACGUUGGUGACAAAACUUAGAUCGUUUUAAUACUCCUUUACAUUUAAGACCAUUUCAUAUACGAAACGCCUAAUUUUGGAGCUGAGGCUGAACGGUCUUAUAUUUUUCGCGAUUUGAGGCUGAAAACGUUCUUAAGAUGUUCUUAAAUUUACAUGGUAUACAAGGUCAGCUACCUUGAUAAUACAUCAGACUUUGUAUCACCUGAUGACUUUGAUGGUGUGGAAGUUAUUUUGGAACAGUUAUAAAUAAGAACUGCUGAUUAUUACAAACCGAGAUGUGUGUAAUGCAAUAAGAAAAUCAUUGUUAAUGUUACACAAAACAUGCCCUUGAGUAUUUGGGUUAAUUUUAUAUAUUUUUUUACCUUUAUUUUAUGCUUGUCAUUUAAUACAUACAAAUUAGUAAAAUAAAAACGUUCUCAAUCGACUCUCAGCCUAAGGAAUGUUCUUAACACGUUCUUAAAAUUUUGGUCAAUCGCAGCCUCAACGUUUUUAUAAAAACGGCUCUUAUAUAAAAAAAGAGCGUGACUUAAAAGAAGGUACAAAACUGCUAAAUACGUAGAGGAUAUUACACGGUGGAGCAAAGAUAUAAAUUUUAUUUUCGAGUGGUAAAAUACAGUUUCUAACACGAGAAAAUAAAAUUGAUAAAUUCAAGCCAUCGCGUAAUUUUAUUGUGUAGACCAACUGACUGUGUGCGAAAACAAACGCGGAAAAGAGGGACAUGACGUCAUCAAUAUGUAGUGAGAAUAUAGAAAAUACGCAACUCAGUUCCCGGAUGUA